AUGUCGGAGCGCAAGCCCACAAGCCCCGAUGACCCUCGUCGAGGCGACUUCGAUCCGCCUUUCGUUUCACGCUCGAAUAGAGACCGGCAUAGAGACCGAGAUCAUCGCCGAUCAUCUUCUGCCCGCAGCGUCAGUAUCAGCGUGAGUUCGACCGCCAGCAACAGCACCGCUUCAAGUAGGAACCCCGCUCUGUCGCAAAAGCAGCCCAACAAGAAAAAGCAACCGAGCGUCGUCGUCUCCGCCAUGUCGUCUUCGCCCGCUAUGCCCGACUUGUCUAGCGCAUCGCCCUCGUCAAUAUCAUCAGUGGAUACUAGGUCUGGAACUGGCGUUGAAUCCACACAUGGAGAUGGCACCACAGAUGGCAUCUACGUUCUUGGCGACAUGCCACCGUUAAUCACCACCGACAGCGUCCCAGAGCCCGCUCUAUCGCGCGCAUCGCUCUCGUCCUGGGACACACCUGCAGUAGCCUCUAUAUCCUCCGCGACGCCCUCAAUACCCAUAUCUCUAACAGCUAGCACUGAGCAGCGCACAUACGCAUGUCUCUUCUAUAUGCUGGACUGUCACGAGUCCUUCGAUGAUGGCGCGGAGUGGCGCACCCACGUCUUCAGCCACUUUCGUUCCCACCCAACCCCACCAUCAGCGCGGUGUCCGCUGUGCCCGAAUACAAAGUUUGUCGAUGGCGUCUCGGAACCCGUGUCAUCGCCUGUUCCUGAGGACGCUGAGUCGGCCCACACUAACGACGAGGCUGUUGGAGCCCCACUGAGUGACUCCCCCUCUGCAUGGGAUCGUAUGCUCGACCAUGUCGCUGCCGAUCACUACUGUCUUGGCCAGACGCUUGCUGGUAGUCGGCCGGACUUUGAGCUUAUGCGGUAUCUUUAUGGGAUGCGGGUUAUCACCGAUGCGCAGUUUAAGGCUAUGCAGUUGCCGCCUGCGCCGUCGAGUCCGGCUUAUCAUCGCUCGCAGGAUGGUAUUAGGGCUAGUAUUGGCUCUGCUGAUGAGCCAUACUGUGCGCCAUAUAGUAAGAGACGGGAGGAAAGGAUGAGGGGCCAACAGAGGGGUGUCGGGGUUUUGUAG